AAGGAUUACUGCCUGGGCCCCACGCACGAGGAGGUGGUGACGGAGCUGGUGGCUGCUCAGAGCAACCUGUCCUACAAGCAGCUCCCGCUGCGCCUCUACCAGGUUACCAGAAAGUUUCGGGAUGAGCCCAAGCCCCGCUUCGGCUUGCUGCGCAGUCGGGAGUUCUACAUGAAGGACAUGUACACCUUUGACGCCUCCGAGGAGGCGGCUCGGCAGACCUACGACCUGGUGUGCGACGCCUACUGCAGCCUCUUCGACCGCCUAGGCCUUCCCUUCGUCAAAGUGCGGGCAGCCACGGGCAGCAUCGGCGGCACGGUGUCCCACGAGUUCCAGCUCCCGGCAGACGUGGGCGAGGACAGGCUGGGGCUGUGCCCCGACGGACAUUUUGCAGCCAACGUAGAAACGCUGGACAGGGAACAAACAUCUUGCCCCACGUGUGGGAAAAAACUCACCCAGACCAGAGGGAUCGAAGUGGGGCACACGUUUUAUUUGGGCACCAAGUAUUCCUCAGUCUCCAACGCUGUCUUCUACUCCCCCGAUAACAAACCCCAGCUGGUAGAAAUGGGUUGCUACGGCCUGGGUGUCACUCGCAUCCUGGCGGCCUCCAUCGAGGUGCUCUCUACGGAGGACGGCAUCCGUUGGCCGAGCCUCAUCGCGCCCUACCAGCUCUGCUUCAUUCCCCCCAAGAGAGGCAGCAAAGAGGAGGAGGAGGGAGCCGCGCUGCUGGAGCAGGUGUACGAUGACCUCGCCGAAGCGCUGCCGCACCUCGCCGGCGACUCGGUGCUGGAUGACAGGACGCAGCUGACCAUCGGCAAAAGGCUGAAGGAUGCCAGCAAGCUGGGUUAUCCCUACGUGGUCGUAGCUGGGAAGAGGGUUUGCGAGGACACCCCGGUCUUUGAGGUUUGGAAUCAGAAUGCUGGCGAGGUUUUGUUCCUCACCAAGGAAGGUGUCAUAGAGUUGCUGAGUAAAGUGCAAGUCCCUUAA